AUGUUCCUCGCACUCGCCUCCACGCUGGCACUGCUCGCCGCAGAGGGCGGCACCUGUCUGCGGCUUCUCCGGCUGGACGUUCCGUACGUGGCACGCCGAGGAGAACCCGUGUGGCUGAAUUGCAGCUACGACCUCGAGCGCGACCAGCUCUACUCCAUAAAGUGGUACAAGAACAACGUCGAGAUAUACCGGUACUUGCCCAGCGAGACGCCUCGAGUGAAGGUCUACAACAUGCCCGGCAUACACAUCGAUGUCUUCCGCUCCAACAUCAGUGACCUGUACUUAAACGACACCGACUUAAACUCGGAGGGCAAGUACCGCUGCGAGGUCUCUGCCGAAUCACCGUCCUUCCAGACAGAACGUGCUCAGCAGGAGAUGAUCAUGUACGUGCUGCCCCUGGAGGAUCCGAUCAUUAGAGGACUCCGCAGCCAGUACCAAAUCGGGGACCCAGUCAAUUUGACGUGCUCCUACGGACCCAGCAAGCCCAACGCCUCGCUCACCUGGUACAUUAACGAUAGAAAGGUGCCUACCGGCAGCGAGGAAGUGGUAGAGAACGGCCAUUUCGUGGAUGCCGAGACUCUGUGGCACGCCCAUUCACGUGUUUCGUUCGUGGCACAAGCUAGCCACUUCUGGCACGGAACCAUGGAGGUUCGCUGUGCCUCACACUCGGCGCUUCCUUACUUCGUCAGCAGUGAGGAGCUCACCAUCAGGGACUAUGGACGCAUCGUCGACGUGUCCGGGCCUCGCAUAAAUGGUCCCCGGCUGGAAGGCGCCAGAGAUUACUACAAUCUCGGCAAUGUGAUCGACCUAAGCUGCCGUGCUGACGCCACAUCGCAUGAGCUGAAAUGGCACAUGAACGACAGGGAGGCUCCGGAUUCGUACGUGUCUCCCACCUCGAACGGCCAUGGUGCUGCCACGCUGCGCCUCAAUUUCCGGCUGGCUGAGCAACACUUCAACAAAGGCGAGUUGCGGCUCAAGUGCGUCUCGCGGCAGCUCCGAGAGUUCACGGCUGCCAGCGAGCUGCGCGUGCCGGUCAGCGACAAGCGCCACAGCUCGGGCCUGCAGGUCUACUUCGCAAGGGCUAACGGCAGCAUACAGAACGAAGACUUCCGGUGGGUGGCCUUGUUGUUCCUGGUUGUGUUGGUGGCUUCGACGUAG